UCACAAUUGAUAUUAUCGGCUAUUAAUCGCUAUUAUACUAACUAAAAUAUACGCCGUUACAAAUAAAACACAGGAGAACUUGUUUUGAUGCGGAUCCAUCAUUUUUUGUUUGACCGAACUCGAAGUUCAGCUGUAGCUUCGGUGCUGUGGACAUGUUAUUGUUGAUGUUGAGACACGUCUGUUGUCGCUAGUUAGCAGGAUAGCUUGCUAGAAACAUUACGAAAACCUCAUCCCUCAAGUAAUGAAUAUUAACGUUUCAGCUGGCUAGUUCGUGAGAAUGAAUGAUAGUCUACAUGUGAAGUAUUACACUGAUCGAGUGCAGGAGGAAGCAUCCGGUUACUGAAGUGACCCAGACGUCAUCAGCGUCCUCUAUACAGCAGUUUUGAUUGGCUAAAAGAGACUGCACCCACCCAUCAAGGCCGCUCCUUUUUAACCCUGUUAGGGACAGAUAUCUCAAGAGUGAAGUAGUCACCAGUUUCUACAAGCACACUGCCACGAUCAAAGGAAAUUUCAGAAGAGAUGAGGGAAGAUUUUUCCAAGUACGCAGUGACAACUCAUCCAGGAAUCACAAAAGAUCCCAGAAGAAUAUCCAAAGAGCUUCAGACCCCUCUCGCCUCAGCUAAGCAAAUGGUAAUGAGCCUUCGUGUUUCGGAGCUCCAAGUACUACUGGGAUACGCGGGACGCAACAAGCACGGGCGCAAACACGAGCUGCUGACCAAGGCUCUGCACUUACUGAAGGCCGGCUGCAGCCCCGCCGUGCAGAUGAAAAUAAAGGAACUGUACCGCCGCCGCUUCCCCACCAAGAUGGUGUCCUCGGCGGAGCUGGCGCUGCCCAGCGUGCACUCCACCACCAGCGCCCUGCCCGCCGGCCUCACCCAGCUGGGCUUCGACGGGCACGGAGCCCCCUCCCCCCUGCUCCCCGUCUCCCUGCUGGGGCCCAAACACGAGCUGGGCCUGCCCCACCUGCCCUCCGCCCUGCACCCCGUGCACCCCGACGUCAAGCUGCAGAGGCUGCCCUUCUACGACAUGCUGGACGAGCUGAUCAAGCCCACCAGCCUGGCCUCAGACAACAGCCAGCGGUUUCAGGAAACAUGUUUUGCUUUUGCGUUAACGCCUCAGCAGGUCCAGCAGAUCAGCAGCUCCAUGGACAUCUCUGGGACCAAAUGUGACUUCACUGUUCAAGUCCAGCUAAGAUUUUGUUUAUCAGAAACGAGCUGCCCUCAGGAAGACCACUUCCCGCCAAACUUGUGUGUGAAAGUAAACGCCAAGCCCUGCAACCUCCCGGGAUAUCUUCCACCAACCAAAAAUGGUGUUGAACCAAAGCGACCCAGCCGACCCAUCAACAUUACCUCACUGGUCAGAUUGUCCACCACAGUCCCCAACACCAUCGUGGUGUCGUGGACAUCUGAAAUCGGAAGGAGCUACUCCAUGGCCGUGUACCUGGUGAAACAGCAGACCUCCACAGUGUUGCUGCAGAGACUACGGUCGAAAGGCAUCCGGAACCCAGACCACUCCAGAGCCCUCAUCAAAGAGAAGCUGACGGCGGACCCCGACAGCGAAAUCGCCACCACCAGCCUGCGCGUGUCCCUGCUGUGCCCGCUGGGGAAGAUGCGGCUGAUGAUCCCGUGCCGGGCCAUCACCUGCUCGCACCUGCAGUGCUUCGACGCCACGCUCUACAUCCAGAUGAACGAGAAGAAGCCCACCUGGGUGUGUCCCGUCUGCGACAAGAAGGCGCCCUACGAGCACCUCAUCAUCGACGGGCUGUUCAUGGAGAUUCUCAACAGCUGUGUGGACUGUGAUGAGAUCCAGUUUAAGGAGGAUGGGAGUUGGGCCCCCAUGAGGUGGAAAAAGGAAGUGCAGGAGGUUCCUGCCUCCUAUAACGGGCUAGAAGGGGCGUGUCGGACAGCCGUGCCGGAGCAGAGGAACAGCUCGUCCCACAGCAACAGUAAGAAGGUGGAGGUGAUCGACCUGACGCUGGACAGCUCCUCGGACGACGAGGACGACGACCAGCCGCCCCCCAAGAGGACCUGCCCCUCCCUGUCCCCCGCCUCGCCGCCCGUCAACAAGGGGGUGUUGAAUCUCCACCCACAAGCUUCACCAGUGUCCCGGACUCCCAGCAUGCCCCCCGUCGACACCAACUACAUCCCCCCGCCGCCGCCCCUCAUUCAGGACUACCGCCACUACUACCACACGCCCAACGACCUGUCAGAUCUGAAUUUCUUUUCCUUUUUACAAGGUGACAAUCAUCAGCAUUACAACAUGGUGAUGGCGGCAGCGGCGGCCGCCUCGGCGUCGGACGACCACGACCUGCUGCUGAACCGCUUCCUGCCCUACAGCUCCUCGCAGAUGUUCCUGGAUCAGCCGGGCACGCCGGUGAGCAGCAGCGCGCUGGUGCCCGUCAACGGGGGCAGCAGCAACGGGAGCAGCAGCAGCCUGGUGUCGUCCAGCAGCCUGCGCGACGGGCACGCCCACCCGGCCGCGUCCCGGGCCAGCGCCGAGGCCGCCGCCCUCUACGGCUCCAUCCCCGACGUCAUCUCGCUAGACUGACCCCGCGGUGCGGCCCGCGCACCGCCGCGGCAAGAAGAGGCGUGAACCCGAACCGCGUGGGGGAGGGGCGGGGGAGAGGGGCAGGAGUUAAGGUCUUUUUAAAAAGAAAAACGCCUGAAAAAAGGAGGGAAGAACGAAGAAGUGUACAGAGAACAAAAAAUAUAUUUUCAGUUUUACUUUUGUACAUAAACUUAGGACUUUUGCCUGUUCAGUGAGUAACUUCAGUUGAUAUUUUUCUGUGGAUACUGAAGAUUUUUUCAAAGCUUAUACGUCUGUUGUCCUUUGAUUAUUAUUAUUAUUAUUAUUAUUAUUAUUAUUAUUAUUAUUAUGCCUUUUGUACUUCAUUUCUUUUUUCUUUUCAUUUUAUUGUUCCACAUCAAUGGCAUUAUUUUCAGUGAUACUGUUUGGCUUCUAAAGUAACCAAUCUCUCUUCCAUUUUAAAUCGUAGGAGUCUUUUUCUCAGAAAGAAUUAAGUCUCGGUGAUUGACGAUGUGUUUUAUUAUUUUCUGUGCAGAUUAUUUUAUGCUUUUAAGUUAUGUAAAAUAUAUGCAUAUAUUAACUGUUUGAAAGCAUUCCCUUUGCCUUUUCAGGAUAUGGCUCUAGGAGAAUGCACAGAUGGAUUAAGUAUGCCAUUUCUGGGUCCUCUUUUACCUACCAGGCCGUUUCUGAACUUUUCCAAACACUGCCUGUGCUCUCAUCUACCCUUCGUAAUAAUUUUAAUGAGAAAUUUAUACUCUUUGAUUCUUUCGACUUGAAAUUAUAGUAAUAGAAAUACUAUAUUUUGUUUAGAAGGUGCGUAGCAUUUCAGGAUUUGUAUAAAUGUAGCAUUUCCCCCCUCCAGUCACUUUGUUCCCACUUGCACAAGGCUUAAAAAAAGGAAGCAGAGAAGUAGAAAAGAGAAGGAACAGAAAAUAAGGUGCAGAUGAGGACGGUGCGUUAGCGCUGUCCCUCCAGGAGGACGCGGCCCCCUGUCAGCAGCGCGGGGGCGGGGCAGGGCGGGGCGGGCGGGGCGGGCCUUCUCGGGGGUGGAGCUCUCGUUUGGUCAGUGCGCUCAGCGGGCACGCUCCUCAGUCAGCGUAGCCAGUCCCUCUGGCCCAGCCUCCACCUAACCCAGCACCCGUCUGCUUUGGUAGGAGUGCUCCUGUGCAAGGUGAAAGCGCAAACACUUUCCAGUACAUUUUGUGCGUUUUUAGAAAGGCCUGUUUGGGGUGCUGUGGGCGGCAUUCUUUCCUCAGUGGUGAAGUAUUUAACCUGCCGUACUGCAGGAGCCUGAUGGCUUUUACCUGCCCGUCUGCCAGGCUGGUUUUCUACCAUGUUUCUGCUUGAUAGUGCUCAGUGAUCUCCAGCUCGUCUGAUUGUCUUCAGCUGUGCAGCUGUGCUCUGGUGGCCGAUAACACAGCGUUUAUUACCGCUGAGAGCGGGCUGGGCUGAGCGGCACGCACUCCACACACGGUCCACACACGGCGGAGGCCAGCCAUCGCCGCCCCGCCCGAAAGGCCCUUCAGCGUUGGCGGCGAGCGCUCGUGGAGUCAGAGGGCCGAGGGAAGUGGAGCACGGCUGUGAGGGGGGAGAUUAGGCCUGCCUGGGCCUUAUCUCUGAGGGUCAGGCCAACGUGCGCGAGAGCUCCCUCACCACUCCCAGAGACCAGCCCGCUGAGAUCAGCCCUCUGAGAUCAGCCCUCUGAGACCAGGCCUCUGAGAUCAGCCCUCUGAGAUCAGCCCUCUGAGAUCAGCCCUCUGAGAUCAGCCCUCUGAGACCAGGCCUCUGAGAUCAGCCCUCUGAGACCAGGCCUCUGAGAUCAGCCCUCUGAGACAAGCCCUCUGAGAUCGGCCCUCUGAGAUCGGCCCUCUGAGAUCAGCCCUCUGAGAUCAGCCCGCUGAGACAAGCCCUCUGAGAUCAGCCCUCUAAGACCAGGCCUCUGAGACGCACUCUUCAUUUGCCCAGGUCAAACUCGGUCCUGCCCCGGACCCAAAUGUGAUUUUGUUACACGCACCAACACACAAAUGGCCUCCUCGCCGUUUUAUACUUGGAAUGGCUGUUCCCAGCGCUGCUUUUGGUUUAUUUACUUCUGUAAAGGUUUUGGAGAAGGGAAAGCAGGAGGCCGGUGUGAAACGUGCUUUGACCUGAGGCCGGAGAGCGAUUGGCCGGGGCUCCCGCUGUCCGUUUGGGUUCUGCGGACGCUCUCUCAGAGCGGCGUUCGGUGCGUGACUGGCAGUCUCUUCAGCAGCGCCGCUCUCCCGCGGCCUCAGAUGCCUGCCGCUCUCUUUCCUCCUCCCCUUCCAAAGUCUAAUUAUGUUAGUGACUGAGAUAUAAUAGCCUGUGACAGCCGCUUUAAUCAGACUGAGAAUGCAGUGCUUUGCGCUGAGCAGUGCGCUUCCAACCCAACCCAAACCCAAACCCAAACAGAAGCCCAAACCCAAACCCAAGCCCAAACUCGGCCCCGCGCCCUCCUCCAUCACAGCCCUGCAGCAGGAGCUCUCCCAGGUCCCCUUUAGAACCCGGCUUUCGGUUCCCCUUACAGAAGCAUUCACUGUUUUAUUUAUUUUGCAAUCCCUUCACAUUUGUGUUUGAUGCCCAAGAGUGCAUUCAUUUUACAGUACCUUUAUUUGGAAUGAUGAUACAUCUAUUUCAAUGGACCCUUGGGUCCAUCAUAUGAAUUGUAACACCCAUCUUGGCUUCUUUUGUGUGCAUCUCCCUCUUACAUGGUUAAUUCAGAAUUAUGUCUAUGAAGCAUGGGAGCACUCAUUGCUGCUGUGGCUAGGUUCUUGCAUGCUGUUUUAGCUCGAACAUUAUAUUGAAAUUCAACUCAUAAAGGAUAAGUCAAGCUGACUGUGGUUGCACAAUGUCAGUUGUGUAUAAUCAGAUGUCAUUUUUUAAAAACCCUGUAAAAAUCAGUCUCAGAUUGACCUAUGAAUGCCGUGUGAUUACAGUAAAGAUCCCAUCAAAAAGUGACAUGAUCACCUUUCCCAAUUUUAAAAUGCUACCUGAAAAAAGCAUACAAUACCUUCCUCUGCCAAAUCAUUAUUUGAAUUUAUAAUUCUGGUUUAUAUCACAUCCCUGAAUGAUUGUGUAGUUAUCCUUUGCUUUCCUAAUGCUUAAACUGAACUGAUGUCAUUGCAUACGCUAUUGGACAGGUGAAGCACAGGCCAGCCUUCAGCCCCUCCCCCUAACCCCACCUCUUGUCACGCCGUUGCCAUAGAGACACAGGACAUGCAGCUUUGAGCAGUCAGACCGUCGUUGGCGGAUAUUUUCAGUGUUGUGGAGUGGCACUUUCCAAGGCAUUUGGUUUUAGUCAGUGCCUGUAAAUUUCAGGAUUAUUUGACAUUAAAAAAAUCUAGCCGAUGCCAUUUUUUGAAGUUUCAAAACAUUGACACAUUGAUUUCGGUGUCUGAACAAGAUUAAUAAAGGGAAAAUGUAAAAUGUAAUGUUUGUAUUAUUACUGGAAGGAUCUCAGGCAAGUUGUGCACACAAGGAAGUUCCAGUAAUACUUGUUCUUGUUUUUUGUGGCAUCCAAAACGUCAGAUUGUUAAUUUAUACAUAUAUAUUUUUAAACAAACAAAAAUGAAUAAAAAAUACCACUAAGUGGACUAUAUUCAGUCCAGCUCGCAGCUUUCCUUGAAAGUAAGAUUGGCUUACGUCUGUGCUCACUGCCUUAAACUCACUGACUCUGUUUCCUUAGGGCAUGUCGAACCAGAAAAAUGGCUUUUUAAAAGAAGGUGAAGAAGAAAAAAGAUGUACAGUAGACCAAUGUCAGAUUGUAUAAAGUACCAAGUGAAAAAAAUAUUUAUUACCUGCAUUGGAAAAAAAUUGUUUACCUAUUGAAUGUUACCUGUUUAUGUAGAGAAGUUUAGAUGUAAUAAAACGCAUUCAGCUAA